CACAGGAACUCUACUUUCGUUUUGGGUGUUCGUUUUUAUCAUGUUAAGUCAAGGAGUCGAGGAGGUCUAAAGUCCCUGUGUAUGUGACAUAGAUCUACUGAUUCAUAAUAAGUGACUGAAUCAAGCAGCUAAGAGUGACUCGGUGUUACUUCCUCACUUGUCAAGAGACUUAAAUCUAUGUUCUGUUGGUAAAUUAAAAUAAAUUAUUGUUUAAAGUAAGACAAAGUCGAAGUCAAAGAUGUCUGCAGAACAAAAAAAGGGAUUCACCAUUUACAUGGUGGAUGCUUUCACGGACCAAGUAUUUGGUGGCAACCCAGCUGCUGUAUGCCUCCUUUCGUCAGACCAGGCACAACAGCUUAGUGACAGAGAACACCAGAACAUUGCUGCAGAAUUGAAUUUACCCGUCACAGCUUUUAUUGUAUCAAACAAUGGAGAUUUUACUGCAACCUCAAAGUUCGGCCUACGAUGGUUCACAACUACCAAGGAGAUCCCCCUUUGUGGUCAUGGCACAAUGGCAGCUUCUGCUGUCAUUUUCAAUGCUGUGGGAAACACAAAUGAGCAGAUCGAAUUUUCCUGCAAGAGUGGUCUACUCAACGUGGCUUGUGCCAGCAACGAUAGAAUUUCCAUGAGCUUUCCUAUGAACCCAUCAACACCCAUGAGUCAAGAAGAAGUCAGAAAGCUGUUAGAGGUCACAGUUGGUAGCCUUGACCUGAUCCAGGAUGUUGAAGUCAGCGAAAUAGGAAUGCUGUUGGUCCGGCUAAAGGAUGAAGUUUCCAGAGAGACGCUGGAGAAACUGAAUCCCCCAUCUGAGCUCAUGGUGUCGGCCUACAGCAAGGAAAACUUUCAUGGAUUGGGGGUCACUGUGAAAGGCUCAAGGGACAAUGGCUGUGUGAACAAGGAAGGUCAGGUGUAUGACUUUGUGUCCCGCUUUUUCACCCCAUGGCAAGGGGUGCUAGAGGAUCCUGUGUGUGGGGCAUGGCAUACUGUGAAUUGUGGCUACUGGUCAAAACAGUUAGGAAAAACCGAUCUGUAUGUACGCCAGUGCUCUUCACGUGGAGGUGAUCUUUGGUUGACCGUCGGAAAAGAUCGAGUGACCAUCAUGGGACAUUCUGUCAUCACUAUGAAAGGACAGUUCUCCUUGUGACCAGUCAGGGUUACCUAGAGUGAAAGAUAACACAUUCCAGUGCCAUAAACUGUGUUGGCAUACGCUUGUUUAAAGUUAAUGGCUAAUAUUAGAACUCUGCUUUAAGAAUGAUUAGGUUCUAUCUCUAUGUUCUGGCUCUGGGGUCUACUACUCUUCUUCUCCCUCAUCUCCUCAUGAUUCUUCUUGUUUUGCUUUUUCUUCUAUUUUGUCCUUAUUUGUAAAGAUGAUUAUUAUACAUGUUAUCAUGGGCAUUAUUAUAGACGCUAUUAAUUCUCUAAUUAUGAAGGUGUAAUUACUUUUUGUUAUUGUUGUUCGUUGUCAAUUUGUUCGAGUGAAAAAAGUCACUACAUCAGCUGGCUCUGUAUUUGACACACAUGAACAACAUAUGGAGUAAAACUAUAGAGGUCUCUACAUCCUAAUUCAAGUUGAGAAUAUGAGAAGAAACUAUAUUCAUAGCAAAGAAAUACCUAUGCAAGACUUUUGCAGAAAGUCAUAGUCAUGGAUAAAAUGUACGGUAAUGUUAGAAUUAUCAUGUGUAUUGCAUGGAAAACUAAAAUCCAACUACGAUUAGUUAUGUAUCUUUGAUUGGAACAGAAAUUGAAAAGAGAAAAGUAUAAGAAAUGAGAAACAAA